AUGGAUCCCGUUUUCGAGUUAUUUGACUCUUCUUCAUCUGACGAGGAGUCUGAUUUACUUUUAGCUCUUACUAUUGAACAACAACAUUUGGAUAAUGGAAGAAGUUCAACAUUGCGUCGUACUAAUAUUCCUCGUCGUAUAUCCAUUCGAAGAAAUUCUCUUGAGGGCCACAAACGUCUUUUCCAAGAUUAUUUUGCGGAAUCACCUACGUAUCCACCUAAUAUAUUUCGAAGGAGAUUUCGAAUGGAGCGUCAUCUUUUCUUGCGCAUUCAAGCUGAAGUUGAAGCAUACGAUCCAUAUUUUAUCCAAAGAAGAAAUGUUGCUGGAACACUUGGUCAUUCUGGUCUUGCCAAAAUAACUGCUGCGAUGAGAAUAUUAGCAUAUGGAGUAUCUGGUGAUUUUGUUGAUGAAUACUUAAGGAUUGCAGAGAAUACAUCAACCGAGUGUUUGAAGAAAUUCGUUAAGGCUGUCAUUGGCAUAUUCUCCAAUGAAUACUUAAGAUCACCAAACAAAAAUGAUAUUGCUAGAUUGCUUGCUUUUGGAGAAAGUCGUGGCUUUCCUGGAAUGUUAGGAAGUAUUGACUGCAUGCAUUGGAAGUGGAAAAAUUGUCCAAGUGCAUGGAAAGGAAUGUAUUGUGGUCACAUUCACGAGCCAACAAUAAUUCUAGAAGUUGUAGCCUCAUACGAUCUUUGGAUAUGGCAUGCUUUUUUUGGAUUACCAGGAUCCCAUAACGAUAUUAAUGUCUUAGAACAUUCUUCUGUUUUUAGAGAGCUUACUGAAGGACGUGCUCCGAAUGUCAAUUAUUCAAUAAAUGGACAUGACUAUUCGAUGGGAUAUUAUCUUGCUGAUGGUAUAUAUCCUUCAUGGUCGACAUUUGUCAAAACAAUUCAUGCUCCACAUGGUCACAAAAAGAAACAUUUUGCAGCAGCUCAAGAAUCAGGGAGAAAAGAUAUAGAAAGAGCUUUUGGAGCGCUUUAA